AUGGAACCCAACAGUCCCAAAAAGAUACAAUUUGCUGUGCCUUUAUUCCAGAGUCAGAUUGCACCCGAAGCAGCAGAGCAGAUCAGGAAAAGAAGACCCACACCAGCGUCACUUGUGAUUCUCAAUGAACAUAAUCCCCCAGAAAUAGAUGAGAAGAGGGUGACCAACACACAAGCAGAAUCACAGAAUGCAUCCCCUAAGCAAAGGAAGCAGAGUGUGUACACAGCACCCACCAUGAAAGGGGUUAAGCAUCUGAAAGGCCAGAAUGAAUCAGCAUUUCCUGAAGAAGAAGAAGGCGUAAACGAGAAAGAGGAGCAGUGGGACCAUUAAUCAUGAGUCUGCAGCAAGAAGCCUUCUUGGGAA